CUGUUAGUAAGGACAUUGCGAACAAAGUUAGGCGACACAAAAUUAAAAGAACACAAGAAGAAAACAACCUCUACCGCUCUGAACAAUGAAAAUUACGACAAAGCAGCUAUAGACACUAAUAAAAGAGAAGAACGCGCUAGACUUGAAGACGGAAUUAGCAAACCUAUCAAGAUGCCACCUUUGGAGAAUCUGUUUGUCGGUUCAAGACCAAUUAAAGAUAAUAGAAGAUUGCCAAAUCUGUCACCGACAAUUGUUAAACGAAAAACAACUAAUUCAGAAACAGGUAGAACCAGUUUACCAGAGUUAACUAUGAGACGGAGAGAUGUUCACGAUCUUGCAUUAACUGGCGGCUUGACGCCUUCGACGUCAUUUCCGUUUCCGGUCCACGUGGUAGACGACGCUCGAGCCAUACGGGGUGAUAAAUUGAGCAAUAAGGAUUUUUCAAAAUCAAAAAAGAAAAAGACCGCAUCCACUUUAUUGGAAUCGAUAAAGAAAGUGGCUGAAAAACGCAAAGUGCAAUAUGCAACAAAAAUGGCACUAAGGGCAAGCAAUGAAAACACCAACGAAAUGCCUAAAGUGAACCCAGGGCGAUAUAUCCUUGAGGCCAUUAACAGUUCGUGUACUGAGAGUGACAACAAUAGUUUCGAUGACCAGGGAAUAGAAAAUGAUCAAAGCACUGGAGAAUACAAACAUUCAGUGACGGGUCAAAGGGAAAUCGAAGGACAUCCUGCAGAAUAUAGAUCUCACAAUCAUGACAAACUGCUAGAUUAUAAGAAUCGCAACAGGGGUGAUUUGCAAUUAAAAUCUAUUUAAAUCUAGAAUCAUGGUAGAAACAAUAUGGUUAAGAAGAUGCUUUUUGAGUCAAUCCUAACGGUUAACGUUCCAGUAAGCAAGUUGAGUUGAUAGCUAAAAUCGUAAAAUAGUUAUAGCUCUUCAAUCCUAAUUCAGAAAGGACUGCUCACAAAUCGUUGCUCAUUACAGUCGCCUAAUAGACAACCAAUCUUAAGACAAUUCAUUUAAGUUUCAUUUUUAUCUUCGCAAAGUGGUACCAAUGGUACUUUAUUUUAGUAUCUAGCUCCUGAUAUAAGUCGGUUUUAAAGUGCG